AUGGCAUUGGAAGGGGAGGAGCUGGCGGUGCAGGACGCGUACACGCCGAGCAGUACAUGCUGGGGCUGUGGGCCAUCCGCAGAGAAUGGGCUGAAGCUGCAGAGCUUCCGGGUGCGCAACGGGCUGGAAGCGCGGAUAGUGAUCCCCGAAAAGUAUUGCGCAUUCCCUGGCAUCGUGAACGGCGGAAUCAUCAGCACGCUCAUGGACUGCCACGGCAACUGGACGGCCGCCAUAGCCCUCAUGGACCGCAGCUGCCUCCCCGCGCCGCCACUGACGCUCACUGCCUCCAUACUCGUGUCGUUCAAGGCCCCUGCUCCGCCAGGUGUGCCGCUGGUUGUGCGCAGCAGCGUGGUUGAGAUCAAGGAGGGCAGCCAGCCAGGUGUCGGCAAGGCGUCUGUGGAGGUGGACGUGUCGGUGCUGCAGGCGGCGCCAGAGGGCGGCGGCGCGGAGCAGCUGCUGGCCAGCGCCACCGGCAUCUUCAAGAAGCUGGGGGCGCUGCGCGCGCUGUGA